CAAGAAGAAGAAGAUGACGUCAUGGCCAAGAUGGCAGCCUCAGUGGUGGAGCAUGGCGAAGAUGCAUUUAGAAAAAUGUUCAAGUUUUACAAGAGAAGAAACCCUCCGCCAGAUUUGAGCGAUGUCAUUGACUUCUCUAACAGAGUACCGCGUGACCAGGUAGUCCCGGCUAUACUGGACCCUUGUGGAGUGAGUGAUGUGGAGGCUGCCACGGUUGGAUUACAGCCUGUCAGAGACUGGAGAGCCUUCGGCCUGCAGGGUUACCCAGGGUUCAUGUUCAUCUCCAACCCGUUUCUGCCGGGCUCCAAACCCUUCUGGGUCAGACAGUGUCUGAAGACCUACCCUCAGAAGCCUAACGUCUGCAACCUGGACAUGCACAUGUCUCCCUCUGACACCCAGGACAUCUGGGACAAGAGUGUUCAUGGCCUUAGUUGUCCUCCCUCUGGAAAGACACAACCAAAGACUCUACUUGAAAGGCUGCGUUGGGUCACUCUGGGAUAUCAUUACAACUGGGAUACCAAGACUUACUCUGCCAACCACUACACUCCUUUCCCAGCUGAUCUCCACUCACUGUCCUCCCACAUUACAUCGGCCUGUGGGUUCCCGGGCUUCAGCGCAGAGGCUGGAAUCCUCAACUACUACCGAUCUGACUCAUCUCUGGGAAUCCAUGUGGAUGAAUCCGAACUAGAUCACAGCCGACCGCUGCUGUCCUUCAGUUUUGGGAAAUCAGCUAUUUUCCUCUUGGGAAGCACCGACAGACAGGACCCCCCCACUGCUAUGUACAUGCACAGUGGGGACGUGAUGGUGAUGUCGGGACAGAGCCGCCUUCGUUACCAUGCUGUCCCACGCAUUGUUGCAGCACCCCAGGGUGAUUCAGCUUUAGAGAUGGAAGCCUGCGGCCUGGCCUCAUCCCUACUGGACAGCUCUGUGGUGGAGCCGCUGUCAGAGCAGGACCGGGCCGUGUGCUCCAGGUACAUCCACAGCUCCAGGGUGAAUGUGACCGUCAGACAGGUGCUCGGGCCUGGACAGAGCUUCCCAGAAACCCCCUCUUCUCACCAAAGAACUGAUGCAGACCAGACAGAGGGGCACCGUGAGCAACCAGCAGACAGAGAGAGUAGAGAGGGGAAGAGGAGGAGGAGCAGCUGUGACUCUGUUGAUACCGUAGAGACAUGACACGGAUCACCUACAUUUGCAUCUGACACUAGUGUCUUCAUUUGCAGUUAUAUAAUAUUAUAUGUCCCUUUGCUAAGAAGCAGAGAGCGCUUCAGAUGUGUCAGUGUUUUGUAAUUGUUCGGGAGGAUUUGGGAAGGAUAAUGUGGGAUCGACGCCUUAUUAUGAAUCAAACUUCUUUUUUUUUGGUAGCUCCAAUGCUAGGAUUGGCCAGGCGUACAUGCUUACGUAUCCAGACCAAUGAGCUCUCCUGACCCUAACUACUCAAGGUUCAAUGCCUGGCCUUAAGUAUCUCUUGCUCAUCCAGCUAAGCAGAGCAAGGCUUGCCAAGAAAUGCGGUGGGAUUCAUGAUUAUGCCUGACGGACUGCUGGUUCUAGUUAAUAACCCGGGCAGCUGCAUUUUGAACCAGCUGUGAGCGAUUUAGAGCAGCUUGACUAAAGCACUGUAGAGAGAAAGAGUCUCUGUAUAUUUAAAAUAAACAAGAUGGGAGAAAACUAAAGUGUGAAUUAAUAGUUCGAGAUCCAUUAAAGACGAGCUGCAUCUGAUUUCUGUGAUAUUUCUAAGUUGAAGAAAGCUAGACUGAACUAGUUUAGUGACAUGAUGGUCAAAAGUCAAUAGAAGGUUCUUAGUGGUGGAAUCGAUAUAUAACCUGAUCAACUGCAGAGGUAAAGUCGUCAUCUCUGGUUUGUCAGGGUAUAAGUGGAGGGAAAUGAUUUCUACUCUUAUUUACACCUAUCAUCAAUCUCCAGGUAGCAUAUCCAGAUAGCAUCUUUAUUUUUGAUGUUACCUGAAUCAAUAAGCAAAGCCAAGACCACAUUUCAAGGUUUGUGGAUCUCAGCAGGUGUGAAUGAAACACAUGAGCAUAUUCUUAUAAGAAAUCCCUACACAACAAGUUCACAGGUACCUAACUCUGCCUCUUCCUGGUAACUCAAGCAAGCAGGGCAAAAGCUACAAGUAGAAGCCAGUGAUUUAGAAACUAAUGACUUUGGUUAGUGGCAUUGCUUUCCUAAACAAUUUCUAUUUAUGAGGUUGAGGAAAAAAAAAAAAUGUUCUCCCUUCCUAUUCAUUUUCUCCCUUUUGUGUUCUCUCGGUCAUCCAAGCUCAAUAACGUUUUCACAUUGCAAAGAGUCUGACCGCUCUCUCUAAGGUCCUUGCCUUUGUGUCAACACGUUUCACAGUCUCAGGUUUUUUCCCAUCAGGUUGUGUCUUCACCAAACCCAAAAAACUAAAAAUUAUUAUAAUAAUAAUCAAAUGUAUGCUGGUGUAAAGAGCGACAGCUUUGAGAAGAAACUGCUCAAAAGGGAAAGCUACACUGUGACUUCAUAUGUGGCAUCGGUCCCAGCCGUUCUCAUUCCCACUGCAAUGCUAAAAACUAAAGCAAAGCUGACGCACUGUACACGGAGACCCCCUUUGGUAUCUGUAUGAGACAGAGGACUAUCAGAGGACCAUCACCAAGGAGCUGUUUGAGUCCCAAAGUGUUGCUGAGUUAUUUUGAAGUUACAUUAGUAACGUUUGUGACAUGUUUUCCUGUAGUUAUGUUGCAUUCUUAUUUUAAGACUUUGACUUUAGUAAGGAAGUACACUGUAAAUCUUCUCUAUAUUGGCCCCUCCAACUAUUAAAUCACCAGCUGUUCAUUUGCU